AAAGCUAAACCAAAGAGGAGUCGUGGCGACAUCUAGUGGUGAAACUCGAGCACUACAUCUGCCUUUUCAGCCCAACCUGCUUAACCUGAGGGGGAAACACAAAACAGACAUGUCUAGAUCAACAGGACGUGUUAUAAAUAAACAUAGCCUUGAAAGCUUCAGCAUGACAUCUCCUCAGAAAAUCCCAAUAGACCUAAAAACGAUGAUCAAAGACACUAAACAGGAUAUGGACGAUGUGCACCAAGCCCUGGAAAAGCUCAGAAGUCUCUCCCAGGAAGAGAGGACAGAGGCAGACGUGCUACGAUCAAGAAUCGACGAGCAGUCAACUCUCAUCUGCAUCCUGAAACAGAGAGCAGACGAGAUGCUUCUGCGCUGUCAGGCUCUGGAGAAGAUCAACGCAGAGCUGGAGAACCUGAGAGCCAAUGUGCGGCUGGAGCUGGAGAACGAGAGGAAGAAAUCCGAACUGCUGGAGCAGAGGUUCAUGCACCUGGCCUCCAACCACCGAGAGCUGAUCAACUUCAAGAACGAGCACAAGAGCCGGAAUGUGAAGCUGGAGAAAGAGAACGAGAGACUCAGGAAGGAAAAUGAAACGCUUUUCAGUCAGGAGGUGCAAGAAAAAGAGAAGAUCAUCCUCAAACUGACUCAAGAGCUCAAGGAAUUGGCAGAGCAACAUAAGAUACUAGAAACAGAGUAUCAGGAGAAAACAACAGGUUUCCAGAUUAAACUGAAAGAACUGAUCAGCCUCCAUCAGAUCAAAGAGGCAUCUUUGAAGAACGAACUGAGUGACACACAAAAACAGCUGAAGAAUGCUGUAGAGAUGUGUGCAGAGUUGGAUCUCAAACUAAGACAAACUCAGGAAAAAGAAUCAAGGAGAGAGACAGACUCUCAAGAGAGACUGGAGAAACUCAUGAAGGAAAAGGAUGAGCUCAUUGAUCUCUCAAUGCAGCGUGGGAAAAUGAUACUGGACAAGCAAGCUGAAAUUCAGGAGCUGGAGCGGAAAAGGCAGGAAGCUGAGAACGGCAGACUGGAUGCAGAAAACAGGUUUGAAAAGGAAGCAGCAGCUGUGAACAGUGAAUUAAGAGUGAAGGAACUACAGGACGCCUUAGAGAGGGCAGAGGACACCUGCAAUGAGUUGAAAAAGGAGUUUGAGGCAUUUAAAAAGCACAGCAGUGAACUGCUUGGAAAAGAGAAGGAGUUAAACUGCAAACUUCGCCACUUGAUCAUCUGAGCCAUCCAUCCCAUUCCAUGUGUAUCAUCAAAAUCAGCCAUAAUAUAGCAAAAACCAUUCACUCUCUGAUCUCAUCGCACAUGGAGUGGUUGUAUAUAAUGAACCUGGAGACAAGGGUCAAAUGAGAUUUUUCUUAAGAGAACGUCUUCCGUCAGUAGGAGGCAGUUUAUAGUAUUUCUGUAGGGGAAAGGUGAGUUUAGUUUGCAAAAAGGUUGGAUAAACUGUGACUUUUAUAAAUAAAAAAGAGCAUUUUUAAACCUCCACUGUGGUUUAGCGUCGACUGUCACAGGCUCUGUCAUGAUUAUUAGAAAAACAUCUGAUUACGAUUCAUUCAAAAAAUCUCUGAUCAUUGUGAGCCUUAAAUUCAAGUCAAAUAUUGCCUUUCAAAUAAGGGGAUUUUUUAUACUAAUUUGCUAAUUUAGAAGGUUUUGGAAUCCCACAACUUUUUUUAGCUCUCUCCAACCGAGAUGGUUGUAUCAUAUGAUGCUUAUCAGAUAAUUCAGGGUUUCUGGAGGUUUUAUAAAAUGUCUUUUUAAGACCAACUAAAGAACAUUUAUUGGAAUACAGGUAUGAAUGGAACACAAUGCAUUAAUAUGGUCUCUGACUGUAAAUGCCUUGUAUUACACUUCAAAGUCUGAAAAUACAACUUACGACCAAUUCUUAAAUCAAGAUAAAAAGAUGCAAAAUUACAUCUUAUAUGUCUUGUUUUAAAAGAAACUGAUCAAAAUGAAGUGAGUAUAUGAUGAAAACAAACACAUAUCUGCCAGUAGGCUCAGAAAAAUCAACAUAAUUUAACAUGGACAGAUAUUUGUUCAUGUUUUAUGCACUUAAUUUUGUUACAUUUUUCAGAAAACAAGACUUCAUAUUUUCAAUUUGCUUAAUAUCAAGAUUUAAGAAUGUUUAAAUAUUUGUAUUAGAAACAAAACAAUCUGAGGAAGAUUUUUGCAGUGCAAUGCAGCAUUUAAUGGCUUGACUUUAUGAAUUUAUGACUUGCUGCUCCGAUUUAAGACUUUUUUAAGGACUUAAUUUGUGGAUGGACAUGCAGAAACUUUGUAAUUAAUUAGAAUGUUCAAAUUUAAAUAAAUAGUGCACCCAAAAAAUAACAUUCUGUCAUUAUUUACUCACCCAUUUUUGUGCAUACAAUGAAAAUAUAUAAGCUCCAGUGGUGUUUGGAUUCCACAAUUCUUCAAAAUAUCUUCUUUUGUGUUCUUCAGAAAAAAAGAAAUGCAUUUGCAUUAUUCCAAGCAUUUAAAAAAACUGAAAAAAUGUUUAAAAAUCAUUUUAAAUUGAUAUAGAUCACCACUAUUUGUAUGACCAGUCAGAACUGAAUCAUUGUAACAGCUCUAUCUAAUGCUCAUCCGUAUAUGCAAUAAAUUGGACUGUUCUGUAUGUAGCCUCGUUCCUGAGAAGAUAAAACAUUCAACUGUGUUAGUAAAAGCUCUAAGCCAUAUACGUAGCACGUAGAAAUGCAAUGCUCACCUUUCAGUUCCACUUCCUUCCAGCACUUAAGGUCAUGCAUUGGCUCACCAUGUAUUCCUCUGUGCUCUGAUAACAUCAGCAUGUCUUCUGCAUUUACAAAUGAACAAGCUUUGGCAUAAAAUUACAGUAUUUCGCUAACGUUUUGCUCUUUGUAAUUUUUAGUGUAGUAAUUCAGUAAUUUGUGGGCAAAUAACAGGUAGUUUGUGUAAUUGUAUAGUGGUCAUCUGGUCUGCAUCUGUAUAUAUGUUUUAUAGAAUAGAACAUCUGGAUGGAUUUAUAGAUGUUCACACCUGAUAGCAUGUUAGUCUUGAGUUAACUAGUUAAAGAUGUUUUCAUUUAAAUAUUUUAUUCCUAAUUUGAGGAUAUUUAGUUAAGUAGCAGAUUCUUUUCUUUUCCAGAAAUGAUGGAUGUGAAUCUAGGAUGUGAACCUGAGAACUAGCUCAGAUCUUUAACCUUUGAGGUUAGGUAUGUUAGUCCUUAUAUCAUUCGUGUGAGUUUGAGGUUGCGGUCAAAAUGCUGGAUUCCUUUGUGUUCUCGUAACUGCACAUCUGUCACCAUUUCAUGCAUCUUAUCAAGUUGAGGCAAGUUUGCAUCCGUGCCAUAAAUGACCAGUGCACCUGCCCUUUGAUUGCAUUUGACCUGGUCAGUGGUUCAUCACCCCAUUGCCAUGACAAUCUUCUUCCUCAGAAGUGCCGCGAAUAUGGGAAUAGCCUUAUAUGAGAAUCACUGGAAUGGUGUCAAUGGCUCUUUGUUUGUUUGUGUGACCUCUUUUGUUUUGUCUGUUGUAAUUCUUUCCAAACACACUGAUGUAGAGAGGACUUGACUGUUAAGAUCAUUUAUUUUAUUAGAUGAUAUGUAAAGCAUUUCGAGUAUAAAUAAAAGCAAAAUGAGAAGUAA